AUGUCCGGCCCUCUACCCAAGCCCAGACUGCGCGGCGGCCUCAUCGCCACCGCCUUUGGCGCCGUCAUCAUCGUCGGCUCCCUCACCGGGGCGCAACUCAAGUCGGACCAGCAAAAGACCGAGUCGAUUAAGCAGUUUCGAGCCGACUCGCCCGCGCAGCAAAUAGCGAUCCUGGAGGAGCAGCGGAAGCACCUGGUGCUUCAGAGCGCGCAGAUCGACCGCAAGAUGCAGGUCUUCCAGGAGCGGCUCAAGGAGCGCGAGGAGGAAAAGACGAAGCGACAACGGUAA